AUGGCUUCAAACAACAACAAGAAAGCGGAGCCACAGAUCGUCCAGUGGCUCCUCGACACACGCAACUUGUGGCCCGCUUCCCGAGCGUUGGCUCUCCUUUCUUCUUCCGAGCAAGAAGCUGUGCUCAGAUACUACCAAGUCAAAGACGCUAAGAUGAGCCUUGCUUCUCAUCUACUGAAGCAUCUUGUCAUUACAAAAUACUGCAAUGUGCCAUGGUCAAAGAGCAAGAUAUCUAGACAGCCGACACACGGGAAACCGUGUUACAUUCCAGAAGGCGAUGAUCACAUGCACAUUGAUUUCAACGUCAGCCAUCAAGCGGGGAUUGUGAGCCUGAUUGCUGCCAUAGGAUUCGAGAAUCAUGUUGAUGUUGGGACAGAUGUGGUAUGCGCGAAUGAAAGAUUAGUUCAUGAUUGUUCCAAUAUCGACAAAGAGGGAUUCUUCGCCUGGGUGGAUAUCCACAGCGACGUGUUUGCAGAUUCAGAAGUGAAUGACAUGAAAUUAUCGCCCGUCUCGACAAGGUCGGUUGGAAUAUUGGAUGGAGAAAUCGAGGGUUAUGCAAAGGAUACGCUGUCACGAUGUCAGUGGAGGAACAGAAAGCUCGACAUAAAGGUCAUGACAGGAGGUGGCGUUCCAGAGGUGGUGGAAUUGUCAAGCAACGUGGUCAUCGAAGCAAAGCUGCGGCGGUUCUAUGCUAUGUGGUGCCUAAGAGAGACCUAUGUGAAAAUGACUGGCGAGGCACUACUUGCUUCUUGGUUGAAGGACUUGGAGAUCUCUAAUGUGCAAAUCCCAGCAGCAAAAGAAAGCGCCGACCCGUUUUCCUUAGAGGUAGGAGACAUUGCCCAGGAUUUCAAGAUGAUUUUCAAAGGGAAGCCAGUCAAGGACGUGAAUAUGGAAUUGUCCGCACUAGGAUCCGCGUACAUGGUAGGAGGCUGCGUAAGACCUUUAGCGGUGAUGGGAAAGUGGCUGGAGUUGAAUCUUGAGACGGAUGUCCUAGAUAUUGCAGAAGCAAACCCCUAA